GAAGUCUUUUCAUGCUUAGGCCACACUGGAUGCAAAACCAACGCAGAUUUGGGGCAGAAACGAUAGCUAAAUUUCAUGAAUGUGAGAAUAAAAAUAGAGAGGGAACCGUGGGAUUAAACGCACAUGGAUCCUAAUCGGAUAAUCCAGGCUCUGAAAGGAACCAUUGACCCCAACCUGAGGAUAGCGGCAGAGAAUGAACUCAACCAGUCCUACAAGAUCAUUAAUUUCGCCCCUACCUUGCUUCAGAUCAUUGUGUCGGAGCAGGUGGAGUUUCCUGUUCGUCAGGCAGCUGCCAUCUAUCUGAAGAACAUGGUGAGUCAGUACUGGCAGGAUAGGGAGCCUUCUGUGGGGGAAGUUGUUUUUCCCUUCAACAUCCAUGAGAAUGAUCGACAGCAGAUCAGAGACCAAAUCUUGGAGGGAAUCAUUCGCUGUCCAGAGUCCAUACGUGCACAGCUGACCAUGUGUUUGCGAGCCAUCAUCAAACAUGACUUCCCUGGCCGCUGGACUGCCAUAGUGGACAAGAUCAACCUGUACCUGCAGUCUCCAAACAGUGGCAGCUGGUAUGGAGCCCUGCUGGCUCUCUACCAGCUGGUCAAAACAUAUGAGUACAGGAAAGCAGAUGAGAGAGAGCCGUUGCUUGCAGCCAUGCAGAUUUUCCUGCCAAGGAUUCAACAAAUCAUCAGCCAGCUUCUGGCCGAUGGCACCAUCUUUUCAGUCCUCAUUCAGAAACAGAUCCUCAAGAUCUUCCAUGCUCUCGUACAGUAUUCGCUUCCUCUCCAGUUGAUCAACAAUACAGUGAUGACUCAGUGGAUGGAAAUUUUCAGAGCCAUAAUGGACAGAGACAUCCCAGCUGAAACAUUGGAGGUUGAUGAGGAUGACCGUCCUGAGCUGGCAUGGUGGAAGUGUAAAAAGUGGGCACUGCGCAUCAUCACCCGACUGUUUGAGCGGUAUGGAAGCCCUGGCAAUGUGACAAAAGAAUACUACGAGUUUGCAGAUUUUUUCCUGAAGACAUAUGCAUUGGGCAUACAGCAGGUCUUACUAAAGGUAGUGGACCAGUACCGGCAGAAACAGUACGUUACUCCUCGGGUUCUACAGCAGUGUCUCAACUACCUCAACCAGGGUCUGUCACACUCACUGACCUGGAAACAGAUGAAGCCGCACAUGCAGAGUAUUUGCCAGGAGGUCAUCUUCCCUCUUAUGUGCUACAAAGAUGAGGAUGAGAAGCUGUGGCAAGAAGACCCAUAUGAGUAUAUUCGCAUGAAGUUCAACCUCUACGAUGACCACGCCCUCCCAGUCACUGCUGCCCAGAGCCUCCUGUGUAAAGCAGCACGCAAGAGGAAAGAGGUUCUACCUCAGAUGAUGGAGUUCUGUCAUCAGAUCCUGAUGGACCCCUCUGCUGAUCCAUGCAGGAUGGAUGGAGCGCUGCACUGCAUUGGAGCUCUAGCUGAGCUCUUACUGAAGAAACGGAUGUACAGGGAACAAAUGGAGUUAAUGCUUCAAAACUACAUCUUCCCCUUGCUUAAUUCUCCCUUGGGUUAUCUGCGUGCCAGGUCAUGCUGGGUACUGCACUGCUUCAGCCCAUUGCAUUUCCAUGAUGAGCUGGUACUGAGGAAUGCUGUGGAGUUGGUCAAACAGGAUCUGAUAGAUGACAAAGAGAUGCCUGUCAAGGUGGAGGCUGCCAUUGCUUUACAGACACUGGUCAGCAACCAAGAACAAGCCAAGCUGUACAUCAGGCCUUACAUUCGGCCAGUCAUGCAGGAGCUUCUGCAUGUGGUCAGAGAGACAGAGAACGAUGACCUGACAAAUGUAAUUCAGAAAAUGAUCUGCGAGUACAACCAGGAAGUAGCCAUCAUUGCGGUGGAUAUGACACAGAAUCUGGCAGAGAUCUUCACCAGAGUUCUUCAAAGUGAGGAGUAUGAGGAGAAUGAAGAUAAGACUGUUAUGGCUCUUGGCAUCCUCAGCACAAUUGACACCAUCCUCACUGUCAUGGAGGACCACAAGGAGAUCACUCAACAGCUGGAGGGGAUCUGCUUGCAGGUGAUUGGACUGGUCUUGCAGAAACCCAUCAUAGGUAUGGCAGAAUUCUACGAAGAGAUCCUGUCACUGGCAUUUGGCCUUACCUGUCAGACCAUCUCCUCCCAGAUGUGGCAGCUUUUGGGUGUCCUUUAUGAAGUCUUCCAGCAUGACUGCUUUGAUUACUUCACUGAUAUGAUGCCUCUUUUGCACAACUACAUUACUGUGGAUACGGACAUGCUUCUAUCCAAUCCAAAGCACUUAGAGGUCAUCUACAGCAUGUGCAAAAAGGUAUUGACCAUGGAUUCAGGUGAAGAUGCUGAAUGUCAUGCAGCCAAACUGUUAGAGGUUAUCAUCCUCCAGUGCAAAGGCAGAGGUAUCGACCAGUGCAUCCAUCUGUUUGUGGAGGCAGUGCUGGAGCGUUUGAUGCGGGGGGUGAAAUCCAGUGAGCUAAGGACAAUGUGUCUCCAGGUUGCCAUUGCUGCUCUGUACUAUAACCCAGCUCUGCUCAUCCACACUAUGGACAACAUGCACUUUCCACACAACCUGCAGCCCAUAACCACACACUUCAUCAACCAGUGGAUGAACGACACAGAGUUCUUCCUGGGACUUCAUGACCGUAAGAUGUGCAUCAUUGGACUGAGUGUUCUAAUUGAGCUUCCUAACCGGCCAGCUGUGCUGGAUGCAGUUGCUGCCCAGAUUGUCCCCUCCAUUCUACUCCUUUUCCUGGGCCUCAAACACCUUAAUGCUUCCCGCCUAAUCAACAAACCAGAGCUGCUUACCUGUGCAGAGGCUCAGGAUGAAGACCAGAACGAGGAAAUUCCAAGUGAUGAAGAUGAGAUGAACGAGAAUGGUAACAUGCAGCAGUCCAGCAUGUCAGCAGGCCAAGGAGGCGAGGAUGAUGAUGAUGAUGAUGAUGAAGAUGACUACUGGGAUGAUGAUGGUUUUGAGGGAACGCCUCUGGAGGAGUACAGCACGCCUCUGGACUAUGACAAUGGAGAGGACGAGUAUCAGUUCUUCACGUCCGCCCUGCUCAGGGUUCAGAGUUCUGAUCCAGCCUGGUACCAGUGUUUGACUGCUGCUCUCAGUGACGACCAGAAGAAACAGCUUCAGGAGAUCUACAGCAUCUCACAGCAGAGGAGGAGCAGUGCAGCUAAAGGCCAGUGGUGAGCGACAACACGAGGAAAGUGAGAGAGUGCUGAAGAGAGAAUUGAGCUGUAGAAUCAAAGAAGAGAAAAGCUGGUCUGAGCUGAAGUUUACUUCAGUCCAAUCUGAACAAUGUCUGCUGACAUCAGACCACAUCUGAACAGAUCCUACCAAAACCUGUUCCCAGGGUUUCAUUUGAACUGGAUGGAGCUGGGUGCUGGGUGCUGGGUGGUGGGUUGGAAUCACAACAGUUGGUGACUUGCUGCACUGCACAAGGCCCCGACUGGAAUAUUACGUUCACUGGGACAGAGCCACUGGCCUGUGAGAGCCCGUGGGUGUGCAUUUGUGACUGUGUUUGUCUCUGUAUACAUGAGGAAAAGGUGUGCAUUAUAAAUAUAAAGGUUCUUGACCAGCACAAUACACAUUUUUUGUACAGUGCAGUCCUUCAAUUUGUGACUAAGUAACUGUGUUUGCGUGUUUGUCUCUAAGAGAAACUGUAAAAAAUAAAAAUGCAUCAGAGUGUGUUUUUGUACAUACUGUAACCCCCCCUUCCCCCCGAAGCUUAGACUGUGGAUGGAAAGAAAGUCGAAGGCCUUUGACUAUAUUACAUAGAUAAAAUAGGAGAGGAAUUUCAGGAGAUGCCAUUUUUGGCCGUGUUUGGAUUUGUCUUUUUAAGGUUUGUAGGAAUCAAUUUAAAAACAUCCAAAAUCUUCAUGCAACAUUUUUCUUAGUUGUUUCAUUUUUCUGUACUUUCUUUACUCCUUACCUUUACCAAACAUAAUUUUUGGUGUUUUGGCACAUGACCUGCUGAACUAGUACAGUUAGUACAGCUAAAAAGAGUAUAAGCCUUUGUAAAUGCCAGGAUUUUUGAAUUGAUUACUCAUAAAAUGUGAUUUUAAAAUGUGUCAACAUAUAAAAAAAAAACCUCUGACUUUUUACCUUUUUACAACAAACACCUCCAUGUUUCCUGUAGCUACAUAAGAAUUCUGGAACAUUCCUCUCUACAAAACUGCUUUGGUUAACAUAUUAUUGGGAUGUUUUGAUUCUUAUUUUUCAAACAUUCUGUUUUUGUUUCAGUGUUUUUGUUGUAGUAGGUACUGUACAUAAACACACAUUCUAGCAAGUUGUAGAGGAUGUUUUUUUCCUGUUGUCUUUGGGUUCUUUUCCCCUCUUUUUGAAUUACACAUUGUACUUAUGAUCUUUGGAGAACAGUCAUUCUUUAGAAUGAGUAGUCCUGAAUUUAGUCAAUUUGUGUUUUUGUAGAUUGAUAAACACCAAGGUCUUUUGCAUAGAUUGUAUAAUUAUUUCAUUUAUAAAGUGCCAAUUCACAACAACAGCUGUCUCAAAGUGCUUCAUAUUGUAAGGUAAAGGCCAUACAAUAUUAUCUCCCUGCCAACGCCAAGCAAGGAGUUGGUGCUGCUGGAGGAAGACCCUUAAAAGAGGAGAAGAUGUUCAGCAAAACCAGGCUCAGGGAGGGCCAGCCAACUCCCUCAACUGGUUGAAGGGUUUAGGAGGGUUUAGGACAGCAAAUGGGACAAAUCACAAAUGAGGAGCGAGUGAAAAGCAGAAGUGCUCCAUAUAUCAAGGGAAGUCACACAACAGCAUGAGGCUCAAAUGAUCCAGAUUCAAGUUCACAUGAUCCUAUCUUUAAUUCUUUCCCACAUAAAGGCAAUAUUUGACAACAACUCGAAUAAGCAUCCAAGGGGAAAAGAGAAGGUUGAGGCCUUAUUUCAAAAGUGUGUAGGGUGUCUCUCUCUUCCAAAUCCAAAGUUUUGUUGUUUUUUUUUUUCCCCUGGGGUCAAAAAUUUGGUCUUAAAAGGGGGCUCUUUUCAGGUUUUGAGAAAAUCUUCCUAAAAUUACUAUGGAGUUUAAUGGAGGAGUUGGAAGGAACUCCCUGUACUUGAAUCCCCACAGUUUCAAAAGUUUACAUCUGUCAGGGUUGUAGAUUACACAUGAUUUAAAAGUAGAGGAGUGGCUCUACAUUUUGAUGAUAAAAUGAUGAAUGAUGACUGUGUAGCAAACUGUGGACACAGCGGCAGUUUAAGGAGAAAAAUGUCAGAUGAAAAAUUUGAAGUCUCCCGCUCUACUAAUUAGGCUCCCAGUCUAGCCAAUGGAAUACAUACCCAUUAUAAAUUUUUGCAAAGGUUGUAAAAGUGCAUCAAACUUAAACUGGAACUAUAAAAGAUAUUGAAAAGAUAAAUACAAGAUUAAUAGUUUAAUGUCUUUACUUUGUUUUAAAGUUGGAGUGAUGUCUGUAGCUGAAAGUAUGUGGAAGUAGUUAUAUAACACAACAGUCUUCAUGUAGUGCAACAAUUCGUCUUUUAAGAUCCUCAGAGAGUUCUUUGCCAUGAGGUGCCAUGUUGGAACUUUAAGUGACCAGUAUGAGAGAGUGUGAGAGCUGUACU